AUGACGGGUGGCAACAUGACGAUACCGUACUAUGCUCUCGACACGCCUGUUUCGCUUCCUACGGAAGAGGAGAUAGCGGCGUCCCCGGAAAUACGUCCAUUGUAUACUGGGCGAAGGGUGGUUCAAGUCAACACUCAUAUUGUGGCCAAGUUUGGAAUAAACGUGGACCUAGCUGAGGGUACGAACAUGAUGUUUGUGCAGCAGAACACUAACAUUCCUGUUCCGCGGGUAUACGCCUUAUACUCCAAGGCGGGCAUAAACUACAUCAUCAUGCAGCGAAUUCCAGGCCAGUCAUUGCAAGAAUUAUGGCCGCAGUUGGACGCUGUCGACAAGGAAAGCGUUGUUAAGCUCUUACGGGCAUACUUCGGUGAAUUGCGCGCUCUUGAAGCACCGUGCCAUUAUGGCAGCUUGGGCGAAAAGCCACUUCUGGACGAAUUGUUCUGGACUCGUGAGCCGGACGCUAAGAUCAACGGCCCAUUCGCGUCUACUAGCUUCUUUAUUGAUGCCAUAACACGAAGAUAUGAGCAAGAGAUCGCGGGCGAUACUCGGCUGCGUUACAAACUCGAUUUCUACCGACAGUGUCUUCCACGUUUGCUAGAAGGUCAGAGCCCAGUCUUCACGCACGGAGACUUGCAGGGAAAGAACAUCAUGGCGCAAAGACUGUGCCCAGAUGCAGCAGACGCGGACGCGAACGCUUCAUCUAAAUGGCGAAUUACGAUCUUGGAUUGGCAAACUUCUGGUUGGUAUCCAAGCUCCUGGGAGUAUUCCUGUACCGUCCGGGCAACAAGGUGGCAGGACGACUGGGCCGUCUGGAUCGAAAAAGUCCUGGACCCUUAUUAUGCUGUAUCGGCCUGGCUGCAAGAUAUCCGCUUAGAACUGUGGUCGUGA